AUGGUGUCGUUCCAGACCUCGGCGGGGGCCCCCGCCAGCCAACUGACGCAGCAUCCCCCUCCACGACCAGCGUCGAACCAACCGCCCGAGGACGACACCUUGAAUCCGUGGGUGAGCACCGAGUCAUUUAGCCAACACACCCAGAGCCACAUCGAUGGCGGCGCGCGGAACGGCCAGCCUAUCCCGGAUGCCCUCCAGCCAGGCUUCGGUCACGUCCCGAGGCCACCCAUCCCGCAGAUCCAGCAGCAGGACACCGGCGCCACCACCACUACGAUCGGUAGCAUAGAGGCCGACGCGACACUGAGCGGGAGCAAAAGCUCAACCGCGCCGUUCGAUCGCGUACCGAGUAUUCUGCGUCCCGGCGGCAAGUCGCCUAACUCGAACCCGUUUCGAAACAAAGAAGGCAGCUCCACGUCUCACACCCCGACAGACGCCAUGGUCAAGAUGCACCUCGACUCGACGACCACUAACAAUCCCUGGGGUUCCGCGCUGUAUGCGCAGCGGACAGGGACACCGGCAUCGGAGCAGGACGCCGCCUCCCGCGGCCAGCAGGACCCGUGGAGCCGGCACGACGCCGUGGAGCUGGACGCGACGUCGUACGCGCACCCACCGACGCCCUUGAGCGUGCCGACUCCCCUGAGCGUGCCGACGCCUGAGCGGUCGGUCUGGGGCGGCGCGUCGCAGCACACGACCGGGAGUCAGGGCGGCGUCGACUCGCAGAGCACUCUGGCGGCGCGGCCGGCGGACGAGUUCUCGCACAUCUUUGACGACAAGCAGGCUUGGGACGACCUGGGCUGCGCGCCGCGGGUUAAGAGGCGCGCGACAAACAAGACGGCUGCCGGCCAGGAGUCGGACCAGGACGACUGGAACAUGAUUGACUCGGAGGCGUCGUCUGUUGCUGGGGAUGCGGAGGCUGCGGGUAUCAGUGAUGCACGCAAGCCGGAGACGGAGACCAAGAGACAGCCUAUACCUGGCGUGGGAAUGUUGCCAGUAUCAGCUGCGAAUACGCUGGCUGCCCCAGAAACCAAAACGCAAGACGUUGUAGCAGAGCAGCGCCCUGCGACUCCUUAUGUUGACGCUCCGGCAACUCCUUGGGACGAGCCUAAGUCUGAAGAUAUACAGCCCAACAAUAAAGCCACGGCAGGGAUAAUGACAGGAGCAGAGACGGAAACCAAGGAAGAACCGCCAAGGAGACCGCCAAUUCCUACGAUACACGAACCGAAGAACGAACCGAAGCCGGAGGGCCCCCUUGUAGAACCUGUUGGCUACGAACCACCAGCAAAGUCCUCACCGCAGCGGCCGUCGAAGACGGAAAGUUUAUUGCUAGAACCGGAGGAGCAGCCAGCAGUGCCACCGCGACAGCCCGAGCCGGCACAAAGAUGGUCCCCCACCCGCCAACCUGUGGACGGCAAGGCGGAGACGUAUCAGAUCAAGAAUAUCCGCUGGAAGGAUCCCGACGCGGGCGAGAACCCCCGCGUGUCCCCCAUUCUGGUCCAGAACGAGAACGGGCCAUGCCCUCUCGUAGCACUGGUGAAUGCGCUGAGUCUGACAACGCCCGCUGACACCUCUGAGACCACUCUCGUUCAGGUUCUUCGGUCGCGAGAGCAGAUCAGCUUAAACCUGCUGCUGGACGCCGUUUUUGACGAGCUCAUGUCGCCGCGCCGGACCUCGUCUGAGGACGCGCUGCCCGACAUCAGCGAGCUAUACGAGUUCCUGCAGAGCCUGCACACGGGCAUGAACGUUAACCCGCGUUUCAUCCCGACGGAGCAGAUGGUCAAGGCCUACAAGAGAAGCUCGCUGACGCACCUGCAUCCGACGGAGCGCGAGGCGCUGAUGCCGGGCACGUUCGAGAAUAGCCUGGAGAUGAAGCUGUACGCAACCUUUUCGAUCCCGCUUAUCCACGGGUGGCUGCCGUCGCGCUCGGAGCCCGCGUACGACACGUUCGCGCGUCAGGCGGCGUCGUACGAGGACGCGCAGAACCUGCUCUUCCGCGAGGAGGAGCUCGAGGCCAAGCUGCUGGACCCGCAGGGCGGGCUUUCCGGGACGGAGCAGCAGCUGUACCAGGACGUCAUGACCAUCAAGAUAUUCAUGCGCGAAUCGGCGACGCAGCUGACGGCGUGGGGAAUCGAGGUCAUCGGCAAGGCGAUCCGGCCGGGCACGUUUGCGAUCCUGUUCCGCAACGACCACUUCAGCACGCUGUACUGCCACCCGGUGACGGGCCAGCUGCUGACACUGGUGACGGACGCGGGGUACAGCGGGCACAAGGAGGUGGUGUGGGAGAGCCUGGAGGACGUCAAUGGCGAGAUGUCGGCGCUGUACUCGGGCGACUUUCGACCGGCGGGCUCGCCAGACUUGGCCGGGCCGAGCAACGAUGACAGUGGCGGGCAGUGGACGAGAGUGCGGAACAACCGCCGGGGCAAGGACCGCCAAGAGGAAGACGAGCCCGAUGUUGGCCGCAUCCCGGACCAUGAGCAGGAGGACAGAGAUCUGGCGCUGGCUCUGCAGCUGCAGGAGGAAGAGGAGGAGAGGCAGCGCGAGGAUCAGGAGCGCCGCCGGCGCGAGAGCCGUCUCUCGGAGCAGUUCAUCGAGCAGCAGGGCCGCCAGCAGCCGCAGCCCGUGUCGCGCGAUUCCCGUCGACGGACCAGUGCUGGUGGCGGUGGUGGUCCGCCGCUGCCCAGCCGCACCUCCAGCAACGUCAACGUGAGCGUGUCGAGCGGCGGCGGCGGACGGCGGAGCAGUAGCAGCAGCAACACGCCGCCGCCGCAACCGCCGCGCCCCCAGGGCCAGACUGUGCGCCCGCUGGUGCCCCCUGCGACGACGACGCCGGUGACGGGCUUGCGACCGGCUGGACGGCCGGCGGUACACAGGCCGGCGGAGGAUGCGGCGGCGGCGGGUGAAGAGGCCCCGCCGUCAUACGAGGCGGCGCAGCACGAUAGGCGCUACGUGCCGGGACAAGCGGGACGAGGAAAUGGUGGCGGUCCGGCGUCGUCGGGGGGCAGCAUGAUGGCAGGCAGCGGCCAGAGACCAGGUGCUGGCCUCGCGCCGUCGUCUUCGCAGGGGUCGGGAUAUUAUUAUAGGCCGCAGAGACCAUCGCAUGGAGGGCGGACGAGCCACAGCUCUGGGAGGGAUCGCGACUGCGUGGUUAUGUAA